AUGGUGGUCUUGCAGAGUCCUGAUGGCAUCUUGAGCUGCUGUGAUUGGUUCUUGGUGCUUCUCUCCUACCUCGUGUUGCUGUUCACUCUGCCCCUCUCCAUAUGGAGGUGCUUUAAGGUCAUUCACACGUACGAGCGGGCCGUGAUCUAUCGCCUGGGACGCGUUUGGCGAGGAGGAAACAGAGGACCAGGGUUGGUCUUCGUCCUGCCGUGGACGGACACGUUGAUGAGAGUCGACGUCCGCACCAUCACCUUCAACAUCCCACCACAGGAGGUUGUGACUGAAGAUUUUGUCCGGGUGUGGACUGAUGGUGUGAUCUGCUACCGGGUCCAGAACGCCGCCAAGUGUGUGACCAACGUCAGCAACGUGCACGUGGCAAUCCGGCUGUUGGCUCAGACUGCUGUGAGGAAGGUCCUGAGCACAAUGAGCCUGCGUGACAUCCUGUCAGAGCAGGAAGAGGUCACCUCCAUCAUACAGUCCACUCUGGAGGCCACCAUGGAGGACUGGGGGAUCCAGAUCCAGCAGGUGGAGAUCAGGAUGUCCAACUGUCCCCAGCAGCUGCACAACUUUGUGGCAGACAAGGUAAAGUGUUCAAGUCCCAUCAAAUAUCACAACAUUCCUGUGGCGGCUGCAGAGGGACACCUGAACUCACCGCUGAUGCAAAAGGAGGCGGCUGUGACUGGAGAGACUGCAGCAGCACCGAGGCUGCGCUACCUGCAGACCCUCCAAAACAGCAGUUUCUUUGGUGGACUUGUCGCUCGGGGGGAGUAUAGAAGUGCAAUGUCCACACAUGGCACAGCUUAUGCUCCCCCACCUGUACCCAACAGCGAGGACAGAGCCGGCGAGCUGGAGAUGAGCUCUGUGGAACAACAAGUGGCAGCUUUUCUCACAACCAGAGACAUUAAUCUGGACGUGGAUACCAUCGAGGCUUGCCACCCACUGCCAGAUAGGGACAACAACACGCCAGCUGUGAUCUUGAGUUCUGAAGAAUCCUGUAAACUUUAG